GCGUAUUUCAAACGUUGGGGCUGGGAGCAGUGCUCCAGAAGAGACAUGUUGGACCCUGAGCCAUCCAUGAAUGUGCACACAAGGAUCAAUGCGAGAAGGGGAAGGAAUUGGACGCAGCGGACGCAAGGGUCCUCCUUCCUUUGUCACCAAAACGGCUGAUUAUUUGAUAAAAUAAAACGACGUCCCUCCCUCCCGAGAGGCGAGAGCACACGAGAGCCAAUUUCCGGGCUUCUUUCCCGGAGCCGCUGGCUUCUCUUUUCUCAACGCCUCUUUGUCUGUGAUUCUUGCUGCUGCUGUUGAUCUCCAGCAUUGCAUGCAUUUCAUCUUGGGAGAAGGGGCUGUCAAGUUUGUUGAUUGACAAGAGCGCCAGGGAAGCAUUGUCGUCUGGGCUAAUCUCCGAUCUCCCCUUGUCCCCUACUUGGCUUUCUUUUGAGUUACCUCCCUAUCCCUUCUUCGUUCGAAUUCCACACCACGCCAAGUCGAGCAGCGCGCGAGAUUGCACCAUCUCCCUGAAAAACGAUCAACCAGCACAGACGGGAACGCCCAACGUUAGGGUCGUCGCUGCGUGUGCGGCUCGCCAACGCAGGGAGCAAAAGCUUCAAAGCAAUUGAGAUCAGCGCAACAAACCGCCUCGUGCAGUAGUAGUGCCUGUGGCGCCUGCACACCCCGCGAUUAGCCGCAGACGGGCAGCAAUCACCAGUGCAGACGGGAUAACCGGCUAGAAUCCGCAGCGCCGCCACCAAGAUCUUCCCCAUGGGGAAGAAAGAAAGCAAGGCGGCCGGCGCCGACGAGGGGGUGGGUGAGGACGAGGGCAGGUGGAAGUACGAGGAAAUGGCGUCCAAGAAGAAGGAGUCGGACGCCGCCAACGACGACGCCAUCGAGCUGGGCGAGCGCCGCGGCGGCGACGACGGCGGCGCACCAGCCAAGAUGAGCGUGGGCGUGCUCCUGCACGAGUCCCAGCACGCGGCCAGCGGCGACGGGCCCGACGGCUCGACCGUCUUCUGGAAGGUGUACCGGCGGCGGUGGUUCGGCGUGGUGCAACUGGUGCUGCUCAACAUCAUCGUCAGCUGGGACUGGCUCACCUUCUCACCCGUGCCGGCGCACGCGGCCGCCUACUUUGGCAACUCGGAGAGCGCCAUCAACUGGCUCAGCAUCGCCUUCCUACUCGCCUUCCCCGUCGCGUCCCCCGCCGUCAUCUACGUGCUGCACCUGGGGCCCAAGCCCUCCAUCGUCGUCUCGGCCGUGCUGGUCCUGCUCGGCAACUGGCUGCGCUACGCCGGCGUGCGCGCCGGCGACGGGUCCGGCAGCUUUGGUCUCGUCAUGUUCGGCCAGAUCCUCACCGGCCUGGCCCAGCCCUUCGUCCUCGCCGCCCCGACCAGGUACUCGGACCUGUGGUUCACAAACAGGGGCCGCGUCGCCGCGACGGCCCUCAUGAGUCUCGCCAACCCCCUUGGUGCCGCCCUGGGCCAGCUCAUCAUCCCGUUCAUGGUCGUGGGGCCUGCCGAUAUCCCGAACAUGGUCCUAUAUGUUGCUAUAAUCUCCUCCGUCUGCGCGCUCCCCGCCUUCUUCAUCCCCGCCGCCCCGCCCACGCCCGCGGCGCCGUCGGGCGAGACGGCCAAGGCCGACAUCCUGGAGUCACUACGGCUCCUUGUCGUGUCGCCCGAGUUCUGGAUGCUCUUCAUCCCCUUCUCCUUCUACGUCGGCUUCUUUAACUCUAUCUCGAGCCUUCUCAACCAGAUGAUGGUGCCGUACGGCUACACCAACGACGAGGCCGGCAUCGCGGGCGCCGUCCUGAUCGUGGUCGGCCUCGUCGCCGCCGCCGUCACCUCGCCCAUCAUCGACCGCACCAAGGCCUUCAUCCUCUCCGUCAAGAUCCUCGUACCCGUCAUCGCCGUCUCGUACCUCGUCUUCAUCUGGAUGCCCGAGACGCGCGAGGGCGGCGGCCUCGCGGGGCCUUACGUCAUACUAGCCGUCCUGGGCGCCGCCUCCUUCUCCCUGGUCCCCGUCGCGGUCGAGCUGCUCGUCGAGUUCACGCACCCAAUCAGCCCCGAGGUCACGUCGACGCUCGCCUGGUCCGGCGGCCAGGUCCUGGGCGCCUGCUUCAUCCUCGUCUCGGACGCGCUCAAGGCCGGGCCCGACGGGAGCCCACCCCUCAACAUGAAGCGUGCCCUGAUCUUCCAGGCCGUCCUGGCAGUCGCCGCCGCCGUGCCGCCCCUGUGCAUCGGCCUGUUUGGCCGCAAGGACAAGAUCCACCUGCGGCGCGUCACGUCCGACCAGAUAGCCUUGGCGGCUCGGGCCGGGGAGGAGGCGGCCUAGGGGCAGGUUGGACACAAUGUUUUUCUUUUUGGAUAUGUGGGACAUUCUUUUUGAGCAGUCACGGGAAGGGGUCUUCAGCUGCAGGGAUCUUGCGUAUUUUAAUUCGAAAAAUAAAGCCUGACAAUGCGCAGUUGGCAAGCUAUCUUUGUCCUCUCACCAAGGUCCGCGACGCAAUCAUACUGCUACCUAC